GAAGUCAGAGGGGAAAACAGAGCUGCAGAACUAUGGCAAGCAGAAGAGAUAUGAAGCUGUUGGCAGACCGUCCAGACAGAUGCGCUCCGUCUGUAUGACUCAGUUCUCUGGCCGCUGACCGCGAGCACGCCGUGUCUGAACCUCAGCGGGCCUCUGGUCUGUCCCUGAACCCACCGUCCCAUGACUACCUUCUGCUGCACAUGUGAACGCACCAAAGUGAAACCAACAUACACACACACUUAACACAAAGGGUUUUUUUUCUCAAAUGUCAUGCAGAGCACAUGAUCGGGAUAUGUACAGUAUAAAUACAGGACUGCAGAACGUGUAAACAGUCACAGCCGCUGUGCUACAUCUGUCCAAGCUAAAGAACUUAGCAAGCAUCUGCGUAAACACGAUGAAGCUCUGCAUCCUGCUCAUGUUUGGGACCCUCCUCGUCCUCAUUAACGGUAUGCCGCCGAUCAGCAGGGACUACAACACACACUGCCGCUGCCUGCAGGUGGAGUCGAGGAUAAUCCCUCCAGACAAUCUGAGGAGCAUCAAGCUCAUCCCUGAAGGGCCCCACUGCCCGGACACAGAAGUCAUAGCUGGACUGGCGAACGGGGAGAAGGUUUGCCUGAACCCAAACUCCGCCUGGGUGAAGAAGCUGAUCCACUUUGUUCUUGAGAAACAGUUACCUCAGCAGGGAGGAGCACUUCCCAAGAAACGAGCUUGAUAUCAUGACGUGUAUUAAAAACAUGUAGCAAUGAAAAAGCUGCUGGAAGCAUUUCCUUUCUGCAACCAUGAGCCAUGCUGUUUUACUUUAACAGAUGACAUAUUUAACCUAGUUUGUGUAUCUUAAAUGGUAUUUCUACUUGCUGUUUUUUUAAUGAAACAUUUUAUACAUUUUUUUUUAGAAAUAACAUUGAUUUUGUGUUAGAAAAAAUUAUAUUUGUGUGUGAUUAUGUAAGAAAGCGAAUGGAAAGUUAGCAAUCAGCUGUACUGUAAAUGAAGACCGAAAGUGCAUGAGGUAUUGAACUGUGCUAAAAGAGUCAAGCGAGCCUUGAAAUGUAAAUAAUUCUGAUUUCUAUAGUUUGGUUGUUUGGGCUUCUGAAAGCAUGAAAUAUUUCUUAUUAUGUCAUAAUAUUUAACAUAUAAUCUCUAUGUAAUCCUCCUUUUGGUGAAGCUUCUCCAACAAUAGCAAGAAACGACUGAUUGUAUUAUUAAACCCUUAAUGAAGGAAAAAUCUUAUGUGAGGCUUUAGCGAAAAAUAAAAAUGUGUUUAAAAGGUAAAA